AAGAUGGAAGACCUCCAACGUUUCUACAAGGAUAUUAAUUCCAACAUUUAACAAUAAAUAACAUCAGUAUUGCAGUGCCGAAAACCUCUGCGGUCCUACAGUCAAUCGCAAUUAAAUACUUUCUGAUAGGAUAGUGGAAAAAAGACAUUUCAUAACCUGACUUUCUAAAAGUCAUUUAAACGUCAAAUAAAUCGAGAAAAAAUAUUUUUUUUGACAUAAUUAUGUUUUUUAAAAAAGUUUUCACCAAAGUCCCGAUAAAUUGGUUAAGAAACGCAGCUACAGCGGCCGAAAUAGAACCUCUACUAGAUAUAAACUGUAAAACGGCGGUAAUAACUGGCGGUACCGGAGGUAUAGGUUACGCUACAGCGAAUCAUUUAUUAUGUAAUGGCGUCAAACACGUCGCCCUUAUAGGUUUGAAUAGUUACAAAGGUGCGCAAGCCGUUGAAAAUUUAAACUGCGUCCACGGUCAAGGUAGAUCGCACUUCGUUACGUGCGACGUAAGAGACAGAAGGGCUUUAUCGAACACGAUAAACUCGCUAAAAAAAGAUUACGAAAAUUUGGAUAUUUUCGUGAAUUCGGCGGGGUAUUGGAACGAUUCCGAUUGGUGCCAAGAACUAAAUACGAAUUUGAACGGUACGAUCAACGUAAAUUUAGAAAUAGCCGCCGCUUUAUGCAAAUCCAACGCGGUGGUCGUUAAUUUAACCGGAAAUUUCGGUUUGGAACCGUUUCCGCCGUCUCCCAUAUUCGCAGCCGCUAAUUCCGCAAUAGUGGAAUUCACCAGAAGCUUCGGCCACAAAACGAACAGCGACAAAUUCGGUUUGAGGGUAGUGGCGUUGUGUACCGGUAUCACGAAAACCGAUUUCGUUAAAAGUUUGGAUAAGAAAAUGUUGACGGCCGAAAUGGGGCAGGAUUUGAACGAGUUUUUGAAGAUGACUCCGACUCAAAACGCGGAUUCUUGCGCUAAAGCGGUUAUAGACGUUAUUAGAUAUGCUAAAAACGGAUCCGUCUGGAUAGUGGAAGAUUCUAAAUUGUUCGCGGCGAAGCUGGUCGAUUGGAGGGGACAAUCUGUUGUUAUAUCUUAUUAUAAUUAAUAUUUUUGUCGAAUUAUCGGACCAAUAAAUGGUAUGGAAAUAUAA